UUCAAAUUGUUGCUAUCCAACUCCGUUUUAUUUUGAGGGAUUGUUGCUAUCCAUGUGAGCAACGCAUCUAUACCGAUACCGAUACAAACCAGCUCGGUAGUACAGCACACAGUCCGACUCCAGCCCGGCCCGUUCCGUUAAAAGCAGGGCCCAGGGGGGAAACCCAACCGAACGAACGAACUGUCCCCAGAAAAUCUCCCGACUCGCCCGACCGGAUCCCCAAAUCCCUCCACGUCUCAUGGCGGCGAGCCUGUGGCGAGAGGCGAUGGGCGCCGGCGCACCGGCCGCGGACGCGGACUUCCUGGACUACAUCGAGUUCUGGCACCAGCCCGAGUGCGCGGGGUGGCUGGACCAGCAGGGGGAGCACACCAAGACGUGGCGGCGGCGGUGGUUCGUGCUCAAGCAGGGGAUGCUCUUCUGGUUCAAGGACUCGGCCGUCGACCACGCGUCCGUGCCCCGCGGCGUCAUCUUCCUCGCCUCCUGCCUCGCCGUCAAGGGCGCCGAGGGCGUGCUCGACCGCAAGUUCGCCUUCGAGCUCUCCACCCCGGGCGAGACCAUUUACUUCGCCGCCGGCUCCGAGAAGCAGAAGGAGGAGUGGAUCAACUCCAUUGUCCUCCCACUCGCCGCUCCUGCAGGGACCACAUGGGAUGAAAUUUUUCACAUGGUGGACACGCUGCGCGAAGGGUUUGGAGCAGGAGGUUUAGAUCCUUUUGUGGGAGAGUAGGCUAUGUGUAGUGUGUUGGUGUCGGUGUGUUGCUGUGGAUUUCGCAUUUGUUGACGGUUUCUUGUAAUAAUAACUCUCUAUCUUCUCCUAUAAGAAUAUGAUACGUCAUUGAUGUAUUCUCGAAAAUAAAUUCACAAGAAAUUUUACCAAGUAA